CCUCCCUAGUAGCUGGGACAACAGGUUAAGUAUACCUUGCGCUUCAGUAACAUUCAGAGGAAUUUUUUCCUGGAGAAGCAUAUAUUUUUUGAAGAUGACCUGUAUGGCUGGUGCACAUCCUUUCUUUACUCUCCCAAUCCACGCCAAGAACCCCGGGAAUUUCCAUUUUCUGAUGGAAGAAGUCCUGGAUACAACAAAGAAGUCUUCCUGGCCCUACAGCAUGCUCUGGAUAAAGCCAUUAUGUGACACCAUGCUCACAAUGUGACGACCAACAUGUUUGAGAGUCUCAAAGUACUUGUGAAGAGAUUCCCACAUGGACCCUAUAUCUAUGACAGGUUCUUCCUAGUCCUUCAGAAUGAGUUUUCUCUGUUCCUCAUGCUCAGCUUCAUCUGUAUUGAGCUCAUCAUCAUCAAUUCCAUUGUACUGGAGAAAGAGAAAAGACUGAAGGAGUACAUAUGCAUGAUGGGACUGGAAAGCUGGUUACACUGGUUUGCUUGGUUCAUCACAUUCUUCAUUUCUGUCUUCAUUGCAGUUUCAUGGCCAUUCUCUUCUGCACAGAGGUGAAAAAUGUGGCAGCGUUCAAGAACAGUGACCCUAGUCUGAUAUUUGUUUUUCUAAUGUGUCUUGCCAUUGCCACAAUUUUCUUUGCAUUCAUGAUCAGCACAUUCUUCCAAAGAGCCCAUGCCGGAACUGCUGUAGGAGGCAUCAUCUUCUUCUUCACCUACCUCCCAUACCCAUACCUCAUGUUCAGCUACAUCCAGAGAAGCUACUUCCAAAAGAUUGCCUGUUGCCUGUUCUCAAAUGUUGCCAUGGCACUGGGAGUCCGAUUCAUCACUAUAUUUGAGGAAAGAGGCACAGGCAUCCAAUGGGGGAAUAUGGGCAGUGUACGUGGAGAGUUUAACUUCACUCAGGUGCUGCUGCUGCUGCUGCUGGACUCUUUCUUAUACUGCUUAAUAGCCUGGUAUGUGGAGUCCAUCUUUCCAGGGAAGUAUGGUACACCCAAGCCUUGGUACUUCUUUGCUCUGCCCUCCUACUGGCAUGGAAAGCCUGUAUUUGUUACCCAAUCACUGCUGGACAUGAGGGGUCCUGUAAAAGCUCCAAACAGUGAGUUCAUUCAGGAAGAGCCUACAGAUUUGAUCAAAGGAAUUGAAAUUCAGCAUCUAUACAAGCUGAAGGGCCUGUCGCGCCAGAAAUGCCCUGAAGAAGUCAAGGAGAUGCUGCGAAUCAUUGGCCUGGAGGACAAGCAGAACUCACCGAGCCGCUUCCUGAGCGGGGGCAUGAGGCACAAGCUCUUCAUCGGCAUCGCGCUCAUUGCAGGCUCAAGGUGCUGAUACUGGACGAGCCCACUUCAGGCAUGGACGUCAUCUCCAGGAGGGCCAUCUGGGACCUUCUUCAGCAGCAGAAACGUGACCGCACCAUCGUGCUGACCACCCACUUCAUGGACGAGGCUGACCUGCUGGGAGAUCGCAUCGCCAUCAUGGCCAAGGGGGAGCUGCAGUGCUGCGGGUCCCUGUUGUUCCUCAAGCAGAAAUACGGUGCAGGAUACUAUAUGACUUUACUGAAAAAACCUCAUUGUGAUACCGAGAACAUCUCUCGUCUGA